UUCGUAAUUCGUAUGGUUCUCGUAGUAAACAAAGAUAUAUUUUUGAUAAACUUGAAUUAAAUUAAAGUAAAGGAUACAAAAUAAUGUCGUAUCAACUAGAAUUGUUAACAGAGAAUCCCUCUCAAUGGACUACAGUGUCGUACGUAACGCCAGAAAUACAGAAAAAGGAAAUAAAACCUUUUGUUAUUCUGGCACUAAAAGAGCUCGAAGGCGUCCCGGACAGCCGCACGUCGAGCCUGAUGUGCGCGGACAAGUUCGCGGCGGUGCGCGGCGUGGUGCGGCACGUGGCGCGGCUGCGCUCCGCCACGCGGCUGCCGUGGGCCAGGGACGACCUCAAGGUGUUCCUUGAGGGGCUGCAGUUCACCCCGGAGUGCGUGUCGGAGCUGUCCACCCUGCUGUGCACAGAGGGCGUGUACGCGAGCGUGCCGCCGCACCUGCGCGUCAAGCCCGGCCUCGCCGCGCUGCACUGGAGGAUCGACCUCUCGCUCAGUCAGGCCCGCACUCCCCCCACCUCGCCCCCGGCGGGGCCCGCGUCCCGGCGUACCCUCCUGCAGCAGCACACACACGUCAUACUGCUGCUGACCACCACAGACGGACGCACCAGCACGUACAGGCUCUUACUAGCCAAGUUCCAUGAACUCAGGUUUGCGGUGGCGAGCGCGCUGAAGAGCAUGAUCGUGUUGGAGAAACGGAAGUGUAUGAGGAAGGACUGACAGUGGGCCUCGUGGGGGUGAAACUGGGGGAGACCACGGGGUAAUGCGGGAC